AGACUUUUGAUGACGCUACGACGCUAACGACGCUCGUCAGUACGAAAUUAUAUAUACUGAUCAGCUGCAUCGUUAUGCGGUAUAGGAGGGUCGAUGAUGAACGAUGGGCUUUUUGAAUUAACCGCCACUUUGUCAUACUCCGUCGGUGAAUGUCAAAAGGGUCAAAGCUUAUUUGUGUAAGCUGGUUAUAAGUACACGAACAAAUACAAUCGAGUGACCGGUGACGAGCGAAAAGUUUCAAAAUAUAAGCUCAAAAUAAAAUUUGUUGAAAUUUCUUCAACUCAAAUUAUGGCUAAUAUCGAAAAAAGUCCUUCGUUAAACACGAAAUUACGAACAAAAGAUGCUGCUAAUAAAAUUAAACACGGAUCUCCGAAACUUCAAGAAGUUCUUCGAAAGAGAUGUCGACAAAGAAUGAAAGAGAAACGUGGUCAAUUGUUUGAUAGACGGAGACCAGGAUUAUUAAUGGACACAGAUGAAAAUGAAGUACACAAUGCGCUGACAGAAAUUGUUCGAAAUGAAUUGAGUCAAUUGGCAACAAUGGACAUAAAGGAGAAAAAUGCAUUGUUCCUACCUGAAUAUGACGAGUCAUUGACAGAAGAGGAAGCGUUGGAGCUUGAGAAGGAAAUUUUGGCUGAAGAAGAACAAUGGAUACUUUUGGAGUACGAAAAGCUUCAAGAGAAUGAAGCAGAAAUGUUGGCACUAUUUGCAGAAGAUUGUCUGAGAGAAAUAGUGAUUUGUCCUUUAUGCGAGAAAGGCUGUAUAAACGAGAGCGAAAACGAGUUAACUUGUUCAUCCUGUAAUUUGCGUUUGCCUCUGAAAGUGAGAGUCGAAGAUUUUGGAAAAAUCCUACGAGACCGAACAAAUUAUCAUUCGUCCCUUUGUUGCGGUCACCCAUCGUUUAUGUUGCUUCCUGAAAACAAUACACUUUAUUUGUAUCUUAUGUGCGAAACGUGUCUCACCUUCGUCUUAAUUAUUUAAAACAAAUUUAAUUUAAUAAGUGACGAUAAUUCUACUCUAUUUAUACGCCUCGUAGAGGUCUCUGUGAUUUUUUUGUACUACAAUUGUCUUUAAUAGAAAUUUAUGGAGAUUUGAUCAAUUUUGUAUCAUUUGCGACUAUUAGAAAUGGUAAUUUUUCUUACGACGAGUCACAUUAACAGUAUUCAAAACGUUCAUAUAGAAAUGAAUAAUAAUGAGAAUCAUUGAAAGAUGCUGGCAUUGUGGAAUCUCCAAAUAAACAAAUGAAUAAAUAAAGAAAGUUGUUUUUAAGUGCUUACAAUCAUAAAUGAACUGAAAAUUAUGACUUUUUUUUUCAAUUUUCUUUAUUUUUCUGCAAACAUUUAUUAUUUUCUAUUACCAUUUGCUUACAGUGACCUGCACAAUAAUAGUGACACUUGAACAGAAAAAUAUAUUCGAGUCACAUACACAUGUAUUUUUGAUAUAAAUAAUGAAUAUCUUAUCCAACGUGGCUACAGUGGAUGAGGGAUUUGUGAUUUCCUUGUCAAAAUAUAUAUGUAUUUACAUAUAUAUAUUUUUUAUUAUUUUAUCUUCUGAGCUAAUGUUUUUUUAUAUUCAGUACGAAACGAUGAUUUUUGCAACUAUUUUCAUAUAUCGUAUCUCACUUUAAUUCAUUGUUUCGUGUGCGUCCUUAGGCGAUCGUUUACUUCUCUUAUUUAUUUGUUUUUGUUCCUUUUUUUCACAUUUUUCUUCCAAUUUCUUCUUUAAUAUAAUACUAAUACUGUACGAGAUUGUAAUACUCGAAAAGAAAUAUUUUUUAAAAUAAUGACACGAUUCGAUCAGAA